CAUCGCUUGGCUCAUUUGCCUUUUGCCGACGAAUUAGCCGGAGAAUGUCAGAUGAAACGGUUGUGCCGGCCGCCGGAGGUCGCUUCCACGGUCGAUUGGAAUUUGGAAGAGAUGAGUUGAAACACUAACCGAAAAUCAAUCAGCCCAUCAGCCGGCGGAGGGCCGGCUAGGUUAAGGCCUAAGGGCAAUGAGGCUUUUGAUAAGUCUUGGCUUGGAAUUUUUGGGCUCGUUCUCUCUUCCAAUUGGCUGGCACUUCAGCUUUAGCGUAUUGAAAGCGAGAAACUUUUGAAGUGAUGAGGAAAUGGCCAUUGUUUGCCGGACCCUGCUCUCGUAUUCGCAGCUCCGUCGCCCUCCUCGGAAUCAGAUGCUCUCCAUUGUUCCCACUCUGUCCUUCUCAAACUGCCCUCCCAAGUUGCACAAAUUCACCAAACUGCCACCUUUCUAUACCUCUUUGAAGCUCUCCACCGACCCAUUAGAGCUCAGAACUUUAUUAGCAUCUUCGUCAUCGUCGUCGUCGUCAUCAUCCAUGGAGUCUCCCCCUGAAGGUUACAGAAGAAACGUGGGUAUCUGUCUCAUCAACCCAUCUAAGAAGAUAUUUGCUGCUUCAAGACUGGACAUACCGGAUUCUUGGCAGAUGCCACAGGGUUGCAUUGACGACAGCGAAGAUCCAAAAGCUGCUGCUCUCCGUGAACUAAAAGAAGAGACGGGAGUCAUCUCUGCAGAGAUCCUUGCAGAGGCACCCCUUUGGGUGACAUACGACUUCCCUCCACAUGUCAGGGAAAAGCUUAAACAACAAUGGGGAACUGACUGGAAAGGUCAAGCACAAAAGUGGUUUCUGCUCAAGUUCACUGGGAAGGAAGAGGAGGAGAUCAAUCUGUUGGGUGACGGCAGUGAGAAACCGGAGUUUGGGGAAUGGUCGUGGAUGUCAGCUGACGAAGUAAUCGAUCGCGCGGUAGAUUUCAAGAAGCCAGUCUACAAGGAAGUGUUCUCAGCCUUCCACCCUCACCUUCAGUAAACACAGGAAUGGCUUUUCGCUUCGCAACUACGGCCGAGAUUCAUCUUCAACUCACACUCACGUACAUUUCCUUUCAAUGUCACCAUGAAUUACAGGAAGUGCCGUGUAAAAAUUCUUAAAUUCUAGGUAAGGUGGGUUUGUUGUUUGAUGGUGACUGUUGUGUGAUGAUGCGAGGGCACGCUGAGAAGGUGUUCGAUGAAAUGCCUGAAAGAGACGGUUUCUGUUUCGGUUGGACUACCGCCAUUGCUGUAAACCUCCAUUCUCCCGGGUUCGGAUUGUUAUCGGCGGCGGGCGAUUCUCCGUAUUGAUUCCUUUUAUAUAUUUUUAAUGGUGGGCGGCGGAGAAAACGAGAGAAUGGAGGAGAGAGAUAAUAACAAAAGGAACGUUCU